GCCAUAAAGUGAUAAACCACAAAAUCUCGUACAUACAUAAGCACCACUCGAAUUCGUCGGCAGGUCUGACCCCUAACCACAAAAUUUAGUUCUCCUUCAGAAAAAGAGUCGUUCACCUGGUGUUAUAGCUGCUCUCUCAGACUUGCCUAAUUUCGUAGGAUAAAGAGUAAACGUGAAACAAAUACGUCCGUAAGAUUUGUUUUGCAAGAUGAGGAAAACACUAAAAAUCGGCGAGACUACGCGCACACAUGCUUUUUGUAAUAAAACGUGGACCGACGCUGAGAAACUGUACCGUUCCAAGGGCCCGGUUUGUAUGGGGAGAAAAUUUUUGAUAAAAGAGAUCUUCCGCGAGGACGAACUUCGCCAUGCGACCCGGGCCCGACGGCGGCGCAUGAGGGGGCAGGAGGACACUGGUGAGGCGAAAAAACUCGAUGAAAACAGACAGUGGCAAAUUUUAGAUUUGAUUCGCUACUUGGUCUCACAAGGGGAGAAAGGGGUUUGCAGGCCGGCGCUUUACUUAGGUCCGUGGUCAAUCCCGGUAGAGAAAUAUAUGCGGGCUGAAGUCAUCUAAGAUUGGCAAUCCUAGCCAAGAAAGUGUAUGAUGUCAGUAGUUCCCAUCGGUGAUACGACACAUAUGUAACCGACAUUUAUGUAAACGACAUUUAUGCUACCCGACAAAUAUGUUCCAUCACAGUGGCGACAGGGGGAAAUUUUACCCCCCGAAACUCAGAAAAAUCCUAUCUUCUCCCUGUUAAUCCUGCUCCUAUCUCACAAUGCUAACAUGUCCCCCCAACUUCCGCUGCCACUGGUUUACCCAAAAGGAAAUAAAUUUUACAAAUAGGUAUCUACGAUUCAUAUUUUUUGAAAUACGUAAAAGUUAAAAUGGGGGAAAUACUUAUGUAAAUAUAUUUUUUACGCAUAUUUCAAACACAGUGACUGUAAUGGCAGUACAUAAUAAUAUGUAGUUAUUUUUUUUAGAUUAAUAUUCAUAAUUUCGCAUUAUUUGCAUACAUUUAUUCUGCACUGAUUGGAAAGUGUUGUUUCAAAUCGUUACUUAAAAUUGAGCAGAUUUGUAGAGCUGGGAUAUUUAUUUUACUUAAUUUUACUUUCAGGAUGUUCGAUAUGUUACUAGCUCUUACAAUUUAAUUUGUAUAGCCGGGAUACAUCCUUUUAUUUAUUACUUAUUAGCCCUCAAGUAAAAAUCCAGAAACAUGAGAUAAAUAUUGACAAA